GUUUGUACUCUGAUUAUUGGAAUAGACUAGGUGGUCUAGCAAUUAUAUUCUUUAAGUUUGAGGAUUCAUUAUGGUCAAGCGAGGUCUCGUGGUAUGAUAUGAUUUUUGGUUCAAAUUCCAUAUAUACUGCAAAUCUGGGAGUUGGAGUGAUUAGAGAAUGACCUGACAUUUGUGACAUACUUGCCUCCUUGCCAGACAUCUGGUAGACUUGUGUCAUCUCCUUUCUGCAACAUGAGAGAAGACCAGAUUUUCCAGUGUUAAGGAGUGAUACACUUACAAUUUGUGAAUUUUGUGUUGAACAAGGUUGUUCUUGAAGAAUGGGGUUGUUUGAAAUAUCACAAAAUCUUAGGAAAUUGAAAAUGGUUCAUGGAAGUUGAUGCUUGAGAGUUAAUCUUCUGUGUUCCUGUCUGGUACUCGUGAAUUAUCCGAAAAUUAGUCUGGCAUGUUCAUUUUUUUCUCUCUAAAUAUUUGCAACUUCGUUGGUUAUUAUGCCAACAUUUCUGAAUGUUGGAAGAAGAAAUUUUAGAAGCAUGAUCUUAGGGACAUGUAUGUAAAUUCUUUUGUUUGACAGCAAUUUGCCAUUAGACAGUAUACUCCCUGGUAUGUUUUUAUAUAGGUUGUAUUGUGAUAUGCCUCAGUGUGUGUUUGUCUGCCUGUCAGCAUCUUGUGGGUCAGAUAAAAACAGUACUUAUAAGACCAGGAUCAUCAAACUUUGCACCUAUGUUUUCAUUGAUUAGAAGAUGAAGUCUUGUUUUUCAAGUGAAAGGUCAAGGUCAAACUUACAUGGGUAAUUGGGAAUUGAACUUUGUUGAACUUCUUUCAGCCACCACACACUGUGUGCAUGAAUAUAUUACAUAAGACUUUGGUGUGGGCCUCUUCACAUCCUUGUUUUGUUUGAAAUAACGAAUGUCCCAGAAAACAUACUCCAAACGAUAUAAUCCUAUAUUCAAAAUUCAAAAACCCCAUGGUGAGCAGUAGAUCCCUGAUCAUGGAGCCACUCUAUUACUCUUUCUUGCUUACAGUUGUAAAAUGGGGUCUGGGGAACUUCAUUUAUUCAAUGGAAUCAAUGGUGUUGUGAAGUAUCAUUUUAUUCCCUAGUUGAAAAAUUUGGAAGUAUGAUGACUGUUGUCUUUAGUAGAACAAAAUCAAAGCAAGAACAGAUUUUUGAAUCUAUGGGAAUUAGUUUUAAUUAGCAAACAUGUGCCAUUGUUUAUUGUAGAUGGUAUUGCAAAAAGACAGACAGUUCUUAUAGCAUGUUUAUACUACAAAUUAGGACAAAACUGGUAAUAAAACCACUAGUAGAAAUAACUAGAAAUUUCAAGGUCCUCUUUUUUGAAAAGACUGUGACCUUGAAGUAACCAUGACACAAAAACCAUGACACCCAGUUUUUGUGUGUGCCAAAAGAAUGUAUCAGUAUAUAUUCUGUAAUAGUUGUUAGCAUGUAAGGUAUCAGAUCUCAACACAUCCAAUAAAUACAAGAAGAAUCCAUCAUUUAAGAAAUUUAUCAAUAUAACCUUGGUAAUUUGUAGUUCUCCAUGCUUUUCUUUACAAUGUUAUACAGAAUGUGUCAAGUGGCAAAAUAAGAUCAUCACCAUACAGCUCUUUUGUUGGACACACGUACUUCAUUUAUUUCAUAAUUAUAAACGGGUAUGUAUUACAAGAAAUUUGAUGUAAAAUAUCAUUAUGAGACAUUGAAAUAACUACAUGAUAUUGACAAGGAGUUUCAAAUUCUGCAAAGAUCAAAAAAAAAUUGGCAAAGGUUUGGAACAGUGACUGAAGGGCCACAUAGUAAACGUAAUUACACAAAGGAAAUCGUAAAGGUGAUUUAUUUCACAUAAUAUCGCAGAGAUCUUUGUUGAUGGUUGAUAUAAUUUUGUAGAUAUUGGCUAGACACUGGAUCAAUAAAGUAAAUUGUAUAUAAAAAUGCUGUAUUACCCCCAAAAAAUUCUGGUUUGAUUGAGAGAUAGAGAGAGAGACACAAUUUAAGAGAUAGAUCAUGAACAUGCAGUGUCCGAGUUCUUUCACUUUUCCCACUAAGUUUUGAACCAUAUAUUUACAAUAUACUUUCCAAAUUCAAGUUGACAUAAGAAAAGAGUCAAAAAUCAACAUUUAUCAUAUGGAAAAAUAGAACUAAUAAUCAUUGGCUUUAUAUUCAUUCAGAGAGCUAGGUACCUAUAAAAAAGACAGCAGCCCAAAUUACUGCUGAUUAAUUUCUAUAUGAUUAUUCCUCAUUAGCUCUCUUUGAAGUUAGCCUUCUGAGGGGUCUGGGUUCAUGCUCAGAAGUUUACAUAUGGUGGGAAAGAGAAAGACCAGAGAUAAUGGAAAUAGACUUACUUCUACAGAAAGUGUUACACACUUUAGUUUGAUGACAUGCCAGGCCAUUGUGUACAUGUAUAUAGGUGUGAAAUCUUAGCAGUCUUCAACCCACCCAUGCUCUGUGCAUGCUGUUACCACUCACUGCUGCCUAUCACAGCUGAUCAUGUGUGGGGGGAAAGGAAAAGGAAAAGGAAUUUUUUUGUUACAAGAUUUGGAAUUUCUGAAUAAUUAAUUUUAUUGAACUUAUGUAGUUUUAAUCAAACAAUCUGAUUCCAACAUGGAACCCAUACAACAUAUUUCAAAGAAAGAUUUUUCAGAUAGGUUUAUGUUUUAUUGAAAUAUGUUCUGGCAACAAGAAUUUAUCAUUAUUUAAGAAUUUGUCAGUUAGCAUUAUUUUUAUUAUCUAGAUCAAUAUACAUAAAAUUUUUAGUGUUAAUUUUAUGAUACGGAGUGCCAAAAGAAUAUAAUCAGCAUUUUGUCUUUGUUACGUCGUUCACUUUAAGAAGGAAAUCUGUUUCAUGUCUGCAUGUUGUAUUCUUGUCAAGGAUUUGCAUAACACUACUAAAUUUUAAUGUUAACAUCACAUAUAAAUCAUAAUUUGUUAUGAUAUUAAAUAAGUAGAAACAUUAGAAUUUGACACCUGAUUAAAAAUAGCCAUUAGUUUAAUUUUUCAUUUCAUGGAAGUGGCUUCAGGCUUGUACAUGUUCAUUUUUCUUUGCCAGGUUUAGACCCUGAAGUUAAAUCUGAUUACCAUUAUCUACAUUUACUUCUUUAAUAAAUCUGGAUGCCACAUGUACCCAUUUUUCAAAAAAGUUUUGGUGCAUGUUCCCAGAUCUUUGGUAUUUAUCUCUGUACAGUUUAGAUGCUGGAUGAAUUUAAAAUUUACAUUAACAUGACUUCAUUGCGAUUGCAUUGAAGACAUUUAUAUCCUUAAAAAAUUGAAGCAAGUGGUAGCUAGGUCUGACAUUAACAUCUUUAUAUAGAUAUGCUAAAUGGGCUUGAAUGAAAUGGAAAUAGUUCAUUUUAAAAAGGUGGGUUCCAUCAUUAGUCACAAAUUGCUUCAGAUCUGAAAAUGAAAACGCCCUCUUAAUUCCUUCGCCUCACCCUGGUUGACAUACAUAUUUACGAUUUAUUCAUUAGCUAUGAAGAAUUUCUUUAAUUAAAAGACAUCUUUUCAGGGAAAAUUUUCAAUAAUUUGUCCCAAUAUUCACCAGUCCUCAAUUGGGUUUCUUUCACUGCAGGACCCAUAAAACAACAGCCAGAAGAUCAAAUGAAUGUUUCAUAUAUUGGGAAACUAUUGUCCAAAAUUCACUCUUUGAAAUCCAUUCAUGCAUCUUCCACCUGGUAGAGUGAUAAAAAAGAAGAGCAUUCAGUAUUGGAGUUUUAUUGUUUGACACAUGCUGACAAUAAGAUUGAAAGAUUUGCCAACAUGGACCAACUUGUUAGCCAUAGGCUACAAGGCAAUGACAGAGCAUUGAAAGAUAUCCUCACAUUAAUUCAUCAUAAUUACACUUAUCAUGUAAUAAUCAAAGGUAAGCACCACUUCAAAGUGAGAGAAACAGCAUUUUUUAUUUGAUAGUGGAAAUAAAAUUAUGACAAUUCUUAUGACUAUUGAUUAUAUUGAUCUGCAGUUAUGUCCCUUUAAGAUAAGCAUAUAUAUCAUUUUAUUAAAAUGAUUGGAUGGAUCAAUAAGAUAUUUUAGAAAAAUUCUUUAACAUGUAAUCAUCCCCUCACAAUGGUGUAGUAGCACAUUGAAAUAAGUGCGAUUGAUUGAGCACAUACAUGUACUGAUGAUAUAAAAUGCAUGUCGUUCCGAUGUUGCAUUUAUAGAUACAUGUAUGCCCAGUUGUAAAGGGAUGAUCCACUUUGCGGUUCUCUUGUAUAACCAUUUAAAGUAUACGAUGUCAAAGCAAUAUAAGACAAAAAUAUCACUGUUGGCUGUCUCAGGGGUGAAUUCAGUCUCUGUUGAUUAUGUGAGAGGCCAUUCCAAUAUAAUCACAAAGCAGGAGCAAAAGAGAUUAGAUUAUUCAUGUUUGAAAAUUACAUAAGGAUUAAUCCAUGCUAUAAGCUUUUUGCUUCUAUCAAUGUUUGUCAGAUUUAUAACACUGAAAUGUUGUGAUGAGAGAAGAGUCUGCAUCGAUUAACAGGUGUUUGGAAAGUUUGGUUUCCCUUGGAAAGGGGAGAUUACUUGUUUAUCUAGCAUACAGGCUUUCAGGUAUUUGGGUUUGGACAAUAUCACAGUUUAUCAUCGUGACAUAUGUUUUAUGCAUCCCUGAUUUUGUAAACUAUGUUAACAACUGGUGGGGGCAAAGCAAAUGAAAAUGUAUGAGUGUAUUGAUAAGUUGAAAAAGAAAUCAUAAUCCCAAUCUCUUAUAAUUCUUUUUUAUUUUUAGAGAAACCUUUUUUACAAGAUAAGUUAGUGAGACCAAUUUUUUUUCUCCGCAAACAAAUGGGGCAGCAGUUAUGAAUUGUUAGAAUUAAAAGAAUAAUCCAUUGUCUUUGUAAUGGCAUAGGCCUAAAUUUUGCAGGUCUUCACCAGCAAUGGUAACGUCUCCAUAUGAGUGAAAGAUUCUCGAGAGUGACGUUAAACAAUAUUCAGUCAAUCAUUCAAUCUUUGUGAUGGUCAUCACUUGGAGUUAACUUCUUCAUGAAAUCCAGGAUGCAAACUGAUUUUCAAAUGAAGUUUUCUUUGUAAUACAGGUACAAACUUGUCAAAGCCAUGAUGAAAAUAGGGUGUGUAAUGAUUAAAUCCAAAGUUUGUAUUGUUUAAGCAGAUUAACUCAUUGUCAUUCAGGUUUAGUGUGAAAUUUAACCAAACUUGGUGUGGCAAUAUCUUACACUGAUUGGGAUAGCUGGGAUCAUAGACCAGAAUCCUGUUUGAUCAACAAACAUCGAAGUCACAGAAUUGCAGUUAAGACAAGGAGCAUGGGUUUCAUGUUAUUCUUGGCCUAUUCAUAUUUUGUUUGCAUUUAUUGGUAACCUGGUAAAGUAUCAGAUACUAUGUGAUGGGGCCCCGGACCUUCUCACAUAAGGCUAUUUAUUUAGAUUGUUGUCAUAAAUUUCAUUGUCGUUAUUGCAGGUAUCAGUUUACCAUUCUGUUACAUCAUUGUCAAUAUUUAGAUUUCUCAGGACAAUUUUUAUUAUAUUUGGAAGAUAAAACAAGUGUCCAUCUGCCUUUUAAAGGUGUAUUUAUUUAUAAACUACAAUAUAACUAUAUCAAUUCUCAUUCCAUUUUUCCAUCAAAGUACCAGAAAAUUUUGUUGUUAAUUUUCUAAAUUGGUGACUAUUUCUUUGAAAUCCUUCUUUCAUUCAAGAAUUACCCAAUAUUCCAAUAAAAGGAUUUCAAUUUGUUUUAAAUGGAAUUAAAAUCAAACAUUUUAUCUUUGCAUUAUGUAUUCCAUAACCCCUGUGCCUUUAUGCUGGAUUCUGAUUGGCCGAUGAGCUGUCAGUCAUCAGCUGUGAGCGUGUGUCUCUCACAUACGAGGCCCAGCCCCUUUACUAUCACAUUGCCUCUUGUCAUUCAUUAGAUCUGCUUGGUAGUGGGUUAGCAUGUGCCUGGUUGUACAGUACAUAUUGAAAUUUAGGAUAUACAUAGGCUUUCUCUGUAGAGAAGGUGGAAAAUAUAACUUUUGAUAGACAUUGAAUCUCUGACCAGUGUAGAUAUGAACAUGUGGUGCAAGGGAUUAUUUCUGUGGAAUUGAUCAGGUGGAAAUAUUCUUUUAUAACAUAUUUUGAUUGGAAAUAUUACAAAGAGUAUUUGAUUAUAGACAACAGCAGAAGGUUCAUACGAAGUUUAAACCAGUGGUAAAAAAACGAAGAUAUCUCUGCUCAAGUUUUGGGACCUGACACAUUUUUCCUAGUCCUGACAUUUUCUGCAUCUAGGGAUAAGAAAUAUAUAUCUUUUUGAAAGUACUAACAGGUUCUGUGUGCCAGUGAUCAGGAAUAUAAUCACAUAGGAUAUUACUGAUAGAAUUUCUGGGGAUAUAUUACACCUUUGAUAUGCGAAGAUCAUGUAGAAGUUGAAGCAAAAGACAGCAUGACAGAAGUUGACUAUUGACAAUGGUGGGUUGCACAGCCAUUCUGAUUGUCUUCAUCACAGUCCAGACCAUAUGUCAAGGUGCCUCACCAAAUGACCAUGUCUCCUAUCCACAAAUACUGGAACACCCCCAAAAUGGUUACUUAGCUAAGGACAACCCUGCCACCUUGAAUUGUCAAGCAGAUGGUAACCCAAAACCCACCAUAACGUGGUACCACAAUGGGAAGAAGGUGGCUACCAUGGACGAAGACCCAUACUCUCAAAAGAUGUUGAUCGAGGGAGGGAAGCUGUUCUUCCUGAGAGUUGUCCACAACCAGAAAGACAAGUCGGACGCAGGUGUUUACUACUGUAAUGCCACCAAUAGACUGGGGAGUGCCAUCUCUAGAAAUGCCACCUUGAAAAUAGCAGUUCUAAGAGAUGAGUUCUUGCAAUCUCCUUCCAAUAAAAGUGUGUCCAUUGGUGACAAGGCCAGAUUCAGCUGUCGGCCCCCAAGAGGUGAACCAAAACCAAAGGUCCUGUGGUUGAAGGGAAGGAAAUUCCUUACGACAAGUGACAGAAUACAAAUUUUGGAAAAUGGUGAUCUGAUCAUCUCCCAGGUUACACUGAACGAUGCAGAUGAUUACAAGUGUAUUGCUACCAAUACGGCUGGAGAGAGAGAGAGUGCACGUGCGAGACUGACUGUUUUAGAAAAACCAAGCUUCCGGAAAGCUCCAGUUGACCAGAUCAUCAUGGAAGGGGAGGCAGUUCAUUUUCCUUGUGAGGUAGUAGGGGACCAGCCCAUAGUAGUGGAAUGGAGGAAGGAGAAUGGAGCCCUAAAGUUUGGGAGAGUGAGGGUGCUGAAGGAUAACACACUGAGGAUAGAAAAGGCAGAAGCUGAAGAUGCUGGCUUGUAUGUCUGUAUGGCCUCCAAUUCAGUGGGGACUGCAGAGGCAGUCGCUAGGCUUACUGUCCAGUUCAUGCCAUUUUUUGACGUGAAACCACAUGAUCAGGUGGUGGGUGUACGGCGUACGGUUACUAUGCAUUGUUCUGUCACUGGAAUCCCACAACCCACCAUUAUAUGGAGCAAAAUCUCUAACAAGCCCUCAGGGGAGAAGAUGCUGUUAUUUCAAAACACUGCAUCAGGAAGAUUCUCAGUGGCUUCAGAUGGGACUUUAAGAAUUGAGCGAGUACAUCUGGGAGAUGCUGCUCAGUAUGAGUGUGAGGCCAUCAAUGGACUUGGCUCAGCCAAAGCCUCGGCAAGGCUAAAUGUCAAAGAAACUGACCCACUUCUGUUUUCAGUAAAUGACACCCGGCCACCCCCUAUCAUUAGGAUUGGCCCUCAGAGCCAGAAUCUGCCCACAGGAGAGGUAGGGUUCCUUCACUGUGAGGCCUAUGGUGAUCCAAAGCCCCAGAUAUGGUGGCUGAAGGAUGACAGACCCAUUACUGAAAAUUCCAGAAUCAUUUCACUUAGCUCGGGGACUCUCCAGAUAUCAGAUCUCCAAGAAUCAGACUCUGGAAAUUACACUUGCAAGGCUUCUAGUGAGACCGGAGAAACAUCCCAGUUAGCUACACUGUUGGUCAAAAAGUCCAACAAGAAUGUGACAUUCCACCGUACACAGGACGUGAAGACUUUCCCUGGUCCACCCUCCAAACCAACAGUUGUAGAGGUCCUGGCAAAUUCCAUCAAGCUGUCAUGGCAACCCAACAGUAACCAUGGAGAUUCACCUGUUUAUGCAUACAUUGUGGAGUACUUCAGUCAUGAAACAUCUGAGGGCUGGGUUGUUGCUUCUGCUUCUGUCCCACCAACCACUACCUCUGUGCAACCCACAACAUACACAGUGACCAAUCUUAAGCCAGAUACAACCUAUGUAUUCCUGGUGCGAGCAAGAAAUUCCCAUGGUAUAGGGAUACCUAGUGAGGUGUCAGACCCCAUAAAUACCAGGCAUAUAACAGACAGUUCUCGCAAUACACAGCUGACCAGGGAACAGAUUCGUAGUAGUCUGCAGGGUAUUGUGGUGGAGCUGACUGCAGUAGAACAACUGCCUGCUGCGGUGGAAGUUAGGUGGAAGGUACACAAGAUGAUGGAUAUCAUUGACAAAUUUGUAAUUGAGUACCGAGAAAUUCGUAACCUGAAGACGGGUAGAACUGGCAGGAUGGAGUCGGUGACCGUCAGUCGAACAGCACUGUCAUACACUAUACAGGAUCUGAAGAGUGACCAGUGGUACAGUAUCUGCAUCAAGGCCUACAGCAAGAACAUAGCCACACAGUGUAGUCAGCCUAUGAAGGUUCAGCCUGCUGAGCCAUCUAGGGGUGUCAAAUUCCCCACCCAGCACUUAACAGCUCCCUCCCAUGUUGUAAUCCACAAAACUACCGACACCAGUAUCUCAGUGCAGUGGCUACCACCAAAUGAUGCUUCGCAUUCCACCAUCAAGUCAUAUGAGAUAUUCUGCCUUAGUAAUGACAACAAACAUAACUGUAGCAGAAGUAUUCCAGCCAAUCACACUAGCUACAUUCUAGAAAACCUCAAAGCUGACCAGACAUAUACGGUGAAAAUAGCCGCCAGGACCAGCGGGGGUGUGGGAUCCUGGAGCAAGGAAUACAUGAUUGGGCCUGAAAAAGAUAACUUGAUGAAACAGCCUUGGUUCAUUGGCCUCCUAAUCAGUAUCAUUGGUGUCACCCUGUGGUUCGCUCUGUGUAUCUUUGUGGUAUGGCUCUGUCGAAAGAGGAAAGCCAUGAAGAAACAGAAAAUGCAAGAAAUGUACAGUGUUCCCAACUAUUCAAAAUCUGAUGACAGCAAUAGAAACAGCUUUAAUUAUUAUGCUAAAUAUGGAUACAGCCAAAAAGAUGUGCAGAAUCGAGCAGGAGGUAUGACCCAAAUGGCACCUGAGUUUGCACAGCUUUUGGAAAGCAAGGACAUGGAAAUGCAACAGGGCCAGGGCCCGAGUGUCUAUAAUGUCCCACAAAUGAAGACAUUUUAUCAGAAGAAGGACCCAGUGGCUCCAUAUGCCACUACUACAUUGAUAAAUGCAGGAAAUGCGGUUGGCGGACAUUCAAUGCAAGAUCACAUGUUCCGUCCAAUCACCCAGCACAGCCAACAGAGUGGAUCAGGAGAUUCUGGUUGUUGUAAACACGAGUGUAGUGGUGACUCCAAUACUAGCCACUCUAAUACUGGGAUUCCAGUGGACCAUGCUGAUGCCAUGCAGAGCCCAACCAGUGACAGUGGGAGUCACACAACAGAUGAAAAUGGAUUUUUGUUGAAGAAAGGAAAGAAGCCCUUGAAACAAAUCACCCAGCCGAAGCAGGCCAUGGUCAACUGGGCUGAGUUUCUGCCACCCCCUCCUGAACAUCCACCACCACCAAGUGAAAUGAACAUGUCUCAACAUUCAUCUGGAAACUCAUCCACAUCCCAGCAGUAUGCAGAGAUUAAUUGUCUGAACCGUGAAAUGGGAGCUCGAAGCCCCAUGUCUCCGAUGUCUAAGAUUUCGUCUUGCUCCUGUCCUGUCCCCCACAAUGCCACCCCUGUGUCAGGUUGGAAUAUGCCAGCUUAUUCAGACACAGGUUGUGGAAGGUGUUGUUCACCAAAGUACUUUGAAAAUGUGCACUACCCAUCAAAUCAGUAUAAUGUGGUUCAAAGGACUCAGUCCCCGAGAGGUGCAGAAUGGAAUAAUUGUCCAAGGGGACACGAUACUUGGGGUCAGCGGACAAUCGCUUGCAUGAAUGCUUCACGGGGCACUCCAACGGACUUCAAGUGUCGGACAUGUCACAGUGAUCAGGAGCAGGGAGGCCCCAUGCCACAGCUUCAGAACUAUAAGAUUGUUCCACAUUGUGAAAAUGACUAUCAGUUCUUGCAUGAAUCGGAGCAAGGACCACCAGGUGCAUACAAUAUGCCUCCGAGUUACGCAGGACUUUAUGUGCAUGGAGACGGAGGUCAAUGUGUGGAGCAUCCUUGUCAAUCUAGUAUGGCUGAGCCCUGCUCUCCUGUGUAUCAUAAUAAUAAAAUGGAGGGUCACCACAUGAACAUAGGAGUAGACGGUUACCAUAGAAAUGCUGACUCACCUAUCUCGGACAAUGGUCCAGAUUAUGCUGGUGAGUCCACUGAGUUGGAGACAGAGGAUGAGAACUCUCCAAGAAAGGAGGGAGAAAAUGAGGGGCAAGAUGAUGGCGGUAACAUGUCAGGCGUAGAGACUUGGCCAAGUUACACGGAUCAGUGCAACACAGAGGAUAGUAGUGAGCAUUCCAGUUGUCAUAGUGACAGUGAUGAAUCAUUCCUUAAUGAAGCUGACUUUGCCAGCACUGUUGCCAAGGCAGCAGAGAUGUCUGGUUUAACAGUGGUUGGUUCCACUGUGUCUGAUCCAAAUGCAGACCAGCAAGUUGUGAAGAAACAGAGGCGCCACCACCGAGCCCGCCCCACCAGCCCAUACAGCACCGAUAGCAACUUCAGCGAAAUCGUGCGGAAACCAUAUCCAAAGUCACAACGAAAGAAACAACUUAUGGACCAAGGAAAGUGGUCCAAUAGAAAGGACUCACCCACUGGAUCAACUGUCCCUCAGAAUCAGUCAAAAUAUUCUCAGCAUGAUGGUACCAGUAAUGUUCCUUCAUACAACAAACCUAACUUUCCAAAUGCUGUCCCACAAAAAGCAUGUCGACCCAAAUUCCAACCUCCACCCUGUGUAAAUAAAUCUGAGGAUUCUAAAGAUGAAGGGCAAGAUAGUGGUAUAAACGUAGACCCCACUUCUAAAGAGGGACUACCAGGAACACUAAAGGUUUGAGGAGGAACAGUCCUUUAAUCUCUGUGCCAUCAAUUACUCAUAAUUCCAAAGGAAGCCUGCUCACCCAUUGUCGUCCUUUUGGCUGUUGUUAUGUGAAGGAGAGCUUUUAGUGCCAUAUGCUAAAUUGUAGCUUAAUUGUGCAUUGUAUGCCAAUCACAGAACUUCUAUUUGGCAUAAUGGUUUGCAGGAAAGAGAUAAUGUUGUGACAUAGUCGACUGUUUUUGUACAGAUUCCAACUGAUAAAUAUGAAGUCUGGUGUAGAAAUCUUGUGACAAUCAAAUGUCCUGUGCUGUCCGGAAUUUUUGACUAGAAACAUUUGGAUGUUUUGGAAAGAUGACUGCACAGAUCUUAAUCAACUCAGUGCUUGUCUUAAAGGCAAUACACUCUGUAAUUCAAGACUGCUGCUGAUGCAGAUCUAUAUCCAGAUAUUGUGAUGGUGUUCAAUAGGAAAUCCUCUGUUGACUUAUAGCUGGUGAUUUACAUGUGUGUGUUAUCUUCCAUUGUCACUGAUGAUGUGUUCAAAAGGCUUUAUAAAAGGUGCCCAUGCCUGCUGCUCCAGAUGGAGGUCAUGUGAUGAGGUUGACACCUUUUUAAGCUAUAUGUACCUGGAAGAAUUUAAGUAGUUGCUUCUUCAGGAAACACAACUUCUUGAGCUAUAGCUACUUCUGAGAAAUUUUAAGAAAAUGUUUAUUUCCAAAUCAUUGUAUAACAAACUGAACAAAAAAAUCUGCUAUUUGUAUAAUAUUUUGCAUAAUCAUGCAUUGUAUUUUUGCUUGACUACAAAAUGUUGAUAUUUGUUGCAUGUUAUUUUCAAAUCAGCAUUCAGAUAAAUGCUGAUGAAUGUGAAUCACAUUAACUGUAUGUUUUUGUUAAAAAGUGUAUUUAUUAUUUUUAAGAUGUAUGAAUGAAAAGUGGGAAAAAUUGUUAAUAAAGCUGUGAUUAAUAUGGUUGCAAGGAAGUGUGAACAUGUCUUAUUUUAAUAUAAUUUUUUAUUUUGGUGAUAUUUUGUUUAAUUCAUUAUCUUAGAUUACUCUCGAAAUGCUUGUAUGCCAAAUAUGCCAUUUUUUUUUUUUUUAAAAAUACAUUUUUCCCUUUUGCAGCUUUAUUCUUGAUAAGUUUCUUAAUCCUUUAGAAAUAUAUUACUGCAUUAUUAUUUUUUAACUACUGAACUGUACUUACUGAUAGUACAGAAUUGUAAUAGAACUUUUGAUAGUGGGUUUCCUGUAGUGGAAUACAGGAAUAGAGAAGAAAUCCUGAUAGAUGCCUCCUAAUCUUGAUAUUCUAGUCUGGUAUGGAUCAGCAUAAUGUUUACGUGUUGUCUGUGUCAUUACAUUGUUUCAUUUUUUAUGAUGGGCAUGUGUACGAGUUGUCUUUCUUUUCCUGUGCAAUAAAUGUUUCGUCUUGGAGAUCUGUGGUCUUCAAUGAAGUCAUACUUCCAUAGACAGAUUUUGAAAGUUUGGAAGCAGUAAGCUACUGAAACACAGUGUAUUACAAUGUAAUCACCUCCCAGAUAGACUGCUAUGUUGAAUAAUGUCAUGUAUAUGAAUUUAGUAUAACACUGUUGGAUGUACACAAAUCAAAGCACAGGAAGGAAGUCAUGUGAUAUUUUGUGAAAUCCUAUGAAGUAUGUAAAUACCUUAAAUCAUGAAUGUUUUCAUGCAAUAAAUCAUAAAACUUGAAA